AUGGAGGGCGCAGCUGCUGCAGCAGAUGCGCAAGGAGAGAAACCUGCCGAGGAAGUCAGUGAGAUGGACAAGUCCACGCGAACAGGGCACAUGCUGGUACAGGAGAUCAGUGCAAAGGAGCUGCAGGGAGAAAUAGAUCGUCUUGGCUUCGGCUGCUUCCAGCUUCUACAAGUGCUGUUAUGCGGCGGAAUAAUGUUUGCGGAGGGCAGCGAAAUGCUGGUGCUUUCGCUUUUUUAGCUUGAAUAGCACAAAGGGUAACUAAACGGGUGCGCCGCUUGACGGUUGUGCCCCUUAGCGGUUUCGCCGCUCAACGGUUGCGCCGCUUGGCGAUUUCGCCUCUUAACGGUUUCGCCCCGUAGCGGUUUCGGCCCUCAACGGUUUCGCCCCUUAACGGUUUCGCCCCUCAGCGGUUUCGCCUCUUAACGGUUUCGCCCCGUAGCCCCUUAGCGGUUUCACCCGUUAACGGUUUCGCCCCUCAACGGUUUCGUCCCCCAACGGUUUUGCACCCUAAUGGUGUCGCCCCUUAGCGGUUUCGCCCCCUAACGGUUUCGCCCCUCAGCGGUUUCGCCUCUUAACGGUUUCGCCCCUCAGCGGUUUCGCCCCUCAGCGGUUUCGCCCCUCAGCGGCUUCGCCGCUCAACGGUUGCGCCACUUGGCGCUUUCGCCUCCUAACGGUUUCGCCCUCUUAACGGUUUCGCCCCGCAGCGGUUUCGUCCCUUAGCGGUUUCACCCCUCAGCGGUUUCGCCCCUUAGCGAUUUCGCACCCUAACGGCGUCGCCCCUUAGCGGUUUCGCCCCUCAGCGGUUUCGCCUCUCAGCGGUUUCGCCUCUUAACGGUUUCUCCCGUCAGCGGUUUCGCCUCUUAACGGUUUCGCCCCGUAGCGGUUUCGGCCCGUAUUCGCCCCUCAGCGGUUUCGCCUCUUAGCGGUUUCGCCCCGUAGCGGUUUCGUCCCUUAGCGGUUUCGUCCCUUAGUGAUUUCGCACCCUAACGGUGUCGCCCCUUAGCGGUUUCGCCCCCCAGCGGUUUCGCCCCUCAGCGGCUUCGCCUUUUAACGGUUUCGCCUCUUAACGGUUUCGCCCCGUAGCUGUUUCGCCCCUUAACGGUUUCGCCCCUUAACGGUUUCGCCCCUCCGCGGUUUCGCCCCUCGGCGAUUUCGCACCUAGAAGGGGUCGCCCCUUACCGGUUUCGCCCCUUAACGGCUUCGCCCCUUGACGGUUCCGCCCCCUGACAGUUCCGCCCCUGAGCGGUUUUGCCCCUCAAAGGUUUCGCCCCUUAUCGGUUUCGCGCCUUAGCUGUUUCGCCCCCUAACGGUUUCGCCUCCUGACGGUUUCGCCACUCGACGGCUUUGCCCCGUAGGAGCGCCUGGUCUGGGUGCUGCGUAAGUGGUGCGGCGACUCCCUAAGCGGCGCUUGCGUGCUGUCUGAGUGAUGCCUUAACGAUGUAGUCACUGCAACUUAGGCGACGCGCACAUUCUUUCUUUCAACUUCAAGCUCAACAGCGUACACGACCUUAUAAAGACCGUUUUACUUUUAUGAUGAACCGCCCUUGGUGUGAUUCUCUCGUUAGUUAUUCCUUGGUUACAUUAACUCAGAGCUUUUUGAUAUUUAUGUUGAUUGAUUCUCACACACACAUAGGUGAUGGGAUCGAUCACGACCUUAUUACACGGACAUUGGGAACUCUCUCCAUUUCUGCGAGGUGCGAUGGUGAGUGUCGUCUUCGUUGGGUUCUGUCUCGGAAAUCUUCUGAGCGGUUUCUUGGGUGACAACUACGGUCGGCGAUGCGCUAUCUUGAUUGCGUAUGUGCUCAUUGGGGUGUUCGGAAUCGCGACCGCUUACGCCCUCAACGUGUGGAUGAUGCUAUGCUUGCGGUUCAUGGUCGGAGUUGGGUGUGGGGUGGGAUUUCCAGCCGUGUACACGAUGAUCCCAGAGGGCAGUCCCCUAGCGGUCCGCAGCGCUUGCAACAUCCUCAUGAUCGGGAUCAUGCCUCUAGUUAUGGCGAACCCGGUAUGUUAGAAAAUAACGUCUUUAAACUAAUCUUCGUGCAGUAUAAAAACUUUUUCGACAUAAAGGUCGUACUUAUGGCUGUAUCAAUAUUCGAUACGCCAAGUAGUAGUACAAAGUUGUCUAAGACAGUUUCUGCUAAAGUUUUUGGGAAAAAUGUUUCAAGAGAAUGUCAAUGUUCUGAAUACAUUGAACGAUAACGACGAUAACGAGGCAGUGCUUAAUACUUCAGGCAUAUGCCUAUUUGCUAACGCUAUUUGUAGGCGAAGGUUCUACCUGUUAGCGUAUUGUACAACACAAACAUUUUAAGCUCGGGGAGCUGUUUGCUGCAAUUGGUGUGCUGAUGAUCGAUCCCUGGCUGAAUACCUCACAAAAGCACUGCGAUAUUCUCGGAGCUGAGCGCGGGACAUCUGCCGCUCGCCUGUUCUUUUUGCAAACUGACGAAACUGGAAAUGAUACUACAUUUUCGAAGCCGACAAGUUGGAACGGUCUAGAAAGUCUACAGCAUGCUAAUCUUCUCCACGAUUAUACUAGCGCGAGAUAUAAUGCAAAAAGUAGUCUUCGCAAGAGAAACUCGCGGACGCUCUUUCGUACAGCAACAACCAUCGCGGCAAGCUUGAAUCCCUUAUCACUAAUGCAGAUACGAAGCUCGGGGCUCAUUUCACCGUCGCAAAAAUACACUGACAGCUCAUGCGUCAUGGCAUUGGGCAGGUCCCCGACAAAACCGCUAGAGUCAAGAGAUGAAGGGUCGGCGCGAUUCGUACGACCACACAAGAAAAGCGUCCUAUCGAAGCGCCGGCAGCUCCGUUUUCGAUAUGAAGGUGACAACGAUGCACAAGCGCGCGAAAACACACUUGUUCCGCUCGAACCAAAAGCUUUACACAAAAGGAGUAAGAGCUGGAUUGAUAGUUCGGAUAAUGCGAGUGACAACGAAAUGCGCCAGGACUGUGAGCAGACGACGGCGGCAGAAUUUGGCCACGGGUUUUACAACCUUUUCUUCGCUGCAAAUAAUUGCAGUUGGCGCAUGCUGUGCGAGUACUCGGCUGUACCGGCGUUCCUCUUUCUCGCUCUAGCCUACUUCUUUCUCGAGGAGAGCCCACACUAUCUGCGUUCCAAAGGGAAGUAUUCAGAGCUGCAGAAAACUUUGACCAUACUGGCUCUGCGGAAUGGAACCCAAAUAACUCCGGAGGUGCAAGAACGGCUUACGCAACUCGCAGCAGAAGAAGAACGACGGCGAUCGCUCGCGGCUACGGCCACCGCGCUGAACGCUGGGCAACCCCUCAAGGCGCAAGUGUCAAACCUCGAGAAGACAGAGACGAUGUCUUCUUCCAAGGAAUCGUGGGAUGUGCAGCUCCACCGGCUCUACGAGGUUUUUUAUGACUAAGAUAUGCACCUUAUUCGAUCUCAAACAGACAAACGUUCAUACUACCUUGUAAUUUUGCAUAGAUGUUGUUGUGCGUGAUUUGAUAUUUCUUCAAAACACGCUACAGGCUCUCACAAGCGACGCUCUCUUCGGAACCACGCUCUUUCUGAUGGUGUGUCAUUUCACAAAAGAUUUUUCAGUUUUCGGAUUGUCAUACGUUUUUCCACAAUUCUUUGCGGCUGUGCAAGUAGGAAUGAUUUCCACCGCAGCGGAGCUCGCAGUCAUGAGUGUGUUGGGCCUUCCGGUAAACUUUUUUGUAACACUUGUUUUCGUGGUGAUGGUUUAUUUGAAAAUGCUUUGGUAGACGUUGAUUUCACGUGUUUCAAAUUAGGCUAGGGAUUGUAUUUCUUGUUCCUUUGGAUCCAUUCCUUGACGAACGUACGUGAGGUACGGGAAGGACGCAGGAGUCACCUCCGAAAGACCGAGGUUGAGUGCUGCGCUCACCACUUAAGCGACACGUGUUCAACCACUUAAGCGAGCUCGCCUUAGUAGAGGACCUGAAGUGGUGCGUGCACCACUUAAGCGACUCUUCUUACACCACUUAACCGGCUCGCUUAAGCAGUGCGUCUUAAGUACUGGCCACAGCUUUGGCGACCUGUCUUACACCACUUGAGAGAGCUCGCUUAAGUUAGUGCCUGUGCAGUAGUCGAAUCACCAGUUAUGCGAAACGUUUUACACCGCUUAAGCGAACUCGCUUAAGUAGUGCCUGUGCAGUAGUCGAGUUUCGAGUUAAGCGACACGUUUUAAACCGCUUAAGCGAACUCGCUUAACUACUGAUUCUUGUCUACUGGGGUCACCACUUCAGCGACACGCUUUACCCCGCUUAACCGAACUCUCUUAACUAGUGACCCUUGACUAAUGCAGGCACCGCCUAGGCCGCAUGCCUUACACGACUUAUAAGCAACACUUCUUUCACAACAAACAAAGAAUUAUGAUCCUACCAGGGCAUUCUUGCGGCGUUCUACUUGGCGAAUCAUACCACGCUCGGACACCGCACGUCGCUCCAAAUAUUUGCUGCAGCAAGCGCGGUAGCCUGUUUUGGCAUGAUGGACUGGCUGUUAGAGGCGCUCAACGUCGUGUGCGCUUAUCUGUUGAAGUGCAGUGCUCUGGGUUUCUUUUUGAUUUGCGUAGUGAUUACUGCGGAGACAUUCCCGAUCGACAUACGGAAUUCCGCGGUCGGCCUCUGCACGGCAGUCGGGCGCGCAGGAUCGAUCUCAGCGCCGGUUGUGUUUGAACUCACAUUCUCUUCCGGCGGCACGGAGAAGUCGUUCAACGGGUUCGUCAGCAUUGUCGGGGUCCUCAUGCUCUUCAUUGCCUGUAGCGUGCACACCUUUUUGCGGCGGGAGACCAAGGGCGCGCUGAUCUUGGAUGACGGAGACGAAGAUUCGGCACCAGAUCUCGAAAGUGCAUCACUACAAGGCAAUAGCUCAUGAACAGAAUCUGCACAGACUGACAAAGAGACCGAACAAUUUCUCCCCAUCUGUACAGAAGAACAGCGGUGAAAGCAGAAACAACACUUGUUUCAUGAUUGAAUUAUGUUGAUAGGAACGAGUCAGAUGUUGUGUUUAGGGUCGUUGCUUGCAGUGCCUUCCUUUUUGGAAUAAGGCAUGCGAUUCAACCUUUUUCCGAAGAAAGAAAUUCAUUCCGGUCUGCGGGGUCGAAAGCGCAUUCAUCCGAU